UGAUGACGUCACUGCAAAAGAAAUAGUUCAUGAGCUCAAACUUCAACGUGAUAUACAAUUUCAUAAUAAUAUUAUUAAAUUCUAUGGAGUCGCACAAUUUGAUCCAGAAAAUCAAAAUGUUCAAUCAAAAAAUUAUUUGUUAGUGAUGGAGUAUGCUGAUUCUGGUACUCUCAAAAAUUAUUUAAAGGAAAACUUCGAUAACCUUACCUGGAACGACAAAUAUAACUUGGCGUACCAACUAACUAGCGCCGUGUCGUGUUUACAUAAUGAAAGAAUAGUGCAUCGUGAUUUGCACUCCGGUAAUGUAUUGGUUCAUCAAAAUACUAUCAAAUUGUCCGACUUCGGGUUGUCAAAAAGAAUCGAAUCAUCAUCCAAUACAAAAACUAAAUUUUUUGGAUUUAUUCCUUACGUUGAUCCAAAAAGAUUUAGUGGACGAAAAAAAAAUAAAAAAUUUAAUGAAAAAAGUGACAUUUAUAGUGUUGGUGUGUUAUUUUGGGAGAUAUCUAGUGGUCUACCACCUUUUUUUUCUGAAGAGUAUGAUAUUGAUUUAGCUUUAGAAAUUUCACAAGGUCGUAGAGAAGAACCCAUUCCUAAUACGCCUGAAAAUUAUAUUAACAUUUAUACUGAAUGUUGGGAUGCUGAACCAGACAAUCGACCAACUAUAAAUCAAGUAUUAG